AUGUGGCCCAAGGGAUGCAUGCAGUUGUCUCCCGCUCUGCCAGUUCAGCUCCUUUCAAAGGGCAUGGUUUCCACCUGGUAUCAGGGGCAAUCCCGUGCGGUGAAGCUCAGGGUCCCCCCGUCUGGAGAGUUUGGGAAGCAGGCCUCUGAGGCCGGAAGCCUGAGCACCCAAGCUGGGCUUCGGGGACGAGGCAUGUCGGAUCUGGCCACACAGGCAUGGCCUCACCCAAGGCCUGAGGUGAGGGCGGGACUCAGGCCCCCCCGCCCCCGCCCCGCCUCAGGCCCAGGGUUUGGGGCCUGCAGGGGCGAAGAGAGCGGGAAUAGCCUCAAGGGAGCACGC